AUGAACUUCUCGCUCAUAUGGGCGGCCUUGGUCAACCCGAGCAAACUGUUCUCUACAGCGUUGAACCUGAUUGUUGUUGAUCAAAGACCUGACACGGGGGCUUCCUCCGACGCGUCGUUCUACCCGCCUCUGGAUGUCAUCUCAUAUAUCACCAAUGCGAAACAUGGGACCUACGGGGGUAUUUUCACUGCCCCCGCAGAUGAAGAGACUGAAAAGAUUGACGGGACCUACAAUUACUGCACUAUGCCUCAUCCCAGUCCCGACAAUUAUCAGCUCCCCUCGUCGGUACAGAAAGGCACUACCGAGGCGCAACUAAUCUAUGUGGAAUACAUGCAACGACAUCAACGUCGCACUCCUUACAACAUUCUACCAGGGGGUGAAGAUCAAGAGUAUCAUUGUGACAACGUGCAUAUCACGGCUGGAUCUUCAAGUGCGGAUUCUUCGCUGAUCUCAGUGCCAAUACAUGGCAGAGACCUAUGGGCAGUAUACGGAGAGCAACUGAAGUUACUGGCAUCGUCUCCGGAUACACGUAACGUCUGGUUCCGUGCCAGUAGCUCGCCUCUGACGCAUGCGUCAGCCAGUGCUGUGCUGCGAGGCAUAUGGCCUGAUUAUGACGGGUCACUCCCGCUGCACCAGCAAGCUUCUGGUAUCGACACUGUAGAUCAGGGGUUUCCCUGUCCAUCACGCAGUCAACUACUAUUGACAAUUCAAUCUACCGAUGAAUGGAACCAGCAUCUUGCUGCCACUCAAGACUUGCGGGACCGCCUUGCUAUCUUGUUUAACGCGAACAGAACGGACUGGAUGUUCACGUUCGACCAUUUCGCCGACAACUUUCAGGCGCGUCUCUGUAAUGGGUACCGCCUGCCCUGCAGUCUGAAUGAUCCCUCCAAGUGCGCCACAGAGGACGAUGCCUAUGCGGUUUUCCGAGCAGGUGACUGGGAAUGGAAUUAUUGGUGGCAUCGUAACCAGCAGGCUUCUCAUUACAUCCAGUUGACAGAAGGCCUAUUUUUGCAAGAGAUUGCAUUGAGACUUACAGCAAUCAAAGAGGGUACACUCGAUCGGGUCUACUCCCAUACCUUUAUUCAUGAUGGUGAUCUAGGUCCAAUCCUUGGGGCACUCGGUAUCCAGCAAUUGCGAUGGCCUGGAAUGGCUGCGAACAUUGCCUUUGAGGUCUGGAAAACAUCCGAUUCUGAGCUCUAUGUCCGCGUGCUUUACAGUGGACACCCCCUAAGAACGUCAGAAGGAAAAUUAGAUUGGGUCCCUCUCUCGAAGCUGAUCCGGCAACUGAACAAACAUGUGCCACAGGAUAUAGUCGCCAUGUGCAGUUCUUAG